GCGUCAGUUACGGUUUUCUCGAUUACGGUCACACUGCAAUACUUCUUCGUUGAAUUGGAACUAUUUUUUUGUUUUCGAAAACGGAUAAUUGCGAGCAACGACUGUGUGAAUAACCACUUGCACCUGCACCGUAGGAGCACCACCUGUUGACCCCACAGCGAAGACAAUCGGAUCAAUGUCGAGUUUACAGCGCACGAUGUUGAAGGGCAAGCUGCCACCCACAAUUCCUGGCGGGCGCAUUGGCAGAGCGGACUCGUUCAAGAAGUCGCGCAUUCGCGACUACAAGCCGGGCAUGUGGAACGAAUUCUUUGCGGAGAAGGAGGACGUCACGGUGGAUGAGCAACGCACCUUCCGCAUCUAUCGCACCAAGCAACCGGAGAAGCCGGGUCCAGUUCUCCUUCUGCUCCACGGCGGUGGCUACUCUGCCCUCACCUGGGCGCACUUUUGUUCUGAGGUGACCAGCAUGAUCCACUGCCAGUGCCUGUGCAUCGAUAUGCGAGGUCAUGGGGACAGCAAGGUGGACGACGAGGACGAUCUCUCCGCUGAUACGUUGGCUAAGGACAUCGGUGACUUAAUCCUGAAGCUCUAUCCUGAAGAAGUGCCGCAGCUUUUUGUGGUUGGCCACUCGAUGGGCGGCGCCAUCGCCGUCCACUUUGCCCACAUGGCUCUGGUGCCCAAUUUGAUUGGAAUAACCGUCAUCGAUGUUGUGGAGGGCACAGCCAUGGAGGCACUAGCCAGCAUGCAGAGCUUUCUGCGCUCCCGUCCAAAGUAUUUCCAGAGUAUUCCGAAUGCUAUCGAGUGGUGCAUCCGAAGCGGCCAAGUGCGCAAUGUGGACAGCGCCAAAGUGUCCAUGCCGGGACAGAUAAUAAAUUGUACAACGAACAAACUGGCAACGAAUGAUCUGCCAUUACCAGAUGAUGUAUUGGAGGAGGCCCACCACAACAGUAUGUUUCCCAAUCCGUUUAGCAUUUCGGAGGAUGAAGAAUCGUCACCGCCGGGCGAUGACGCCGCCGAUGGCUCCUCAGAAAGUGCCGCAGCUGGCGCGGAUUUCAAGAAGCCCAACACGACCAAAUCGACAACCGAAGCGGCCAAAAAUUACACCUGGCGCAUUGAUCUGUCCAAGUCGGAGAAGUACUGGGUGGGCUGGUUUUCGGGGCUGAGCGAUAAGUUCCUUAACUUGCGCCUGCCCAAGCAACUACUCCUCGCCAGCAUCGAUGGACUGGACCGCACCCUGACUGUUGGCCAGAUGCAGGGUCGCUUCCAGAUGCAGGUCUUGGCCCGCUGCGGUCACGCCGUGCACGAGGACCGUCCACACGAGGUGGCUGAGGUGAUUAGCGGCUACUUGAUCCGGAAUCGGUUUGCAGAAGCAGCCAGCGAAUUUCGUUGCCACAUGCCGUCGUGCUAAACACAACCACCCCCUGAAUCCGAGGUUGAGCACAAACUGAGGUCACAAAAGUCUAUUUUUGAAUGGAGGUGCAUUACUCUUUGAACUUACAGAUGCGUGCAUAUAUAUAUAUAUAUACAAAAUGUAGUGCGUAGGUCCAGAUAUAUACAGCCGUAUAUUCUAUAUACACAUAAACUAAUAAUCCAGUAAUUUAUUCGGUACUUUUAAUUAAACCACUUGAAUUUUCAACAUUGUACUUUAUACUCAUUUUGCCAAAAAUCUAAGGUCUAAAGUGCUUGCGUUUGGGCUUCUUGCAUUGUUAUAAUGAGUGUGUAUUAAAUAUGUGCCAGAUCAAAUGAAAAUUUAACGAAAUCCAAAUUAUACGAAUGCGAAUAAGUUGAAUAAAGCUAUUUAUUAAUCGAGUGUUACCAUAAAUUCCCAUUAAAUUCAAAUGAAUCUUG